AUCUUUGAGUAGAUUAGAAUUGACGAACAACGAUAGACAAAUAUAGUACUGAGUACGAUAGACUAGAGGAAAGUCAACAAAGUUAUAAAAUGAGGCGAAAAUAAAUAAAUUAUAAUAAAAAAUAGAAAUAAUAGUAUAACAAAUAUAUAUAAUACCUAUGUUGUAUAAAAAAUAUAUACAUAUAUAUUUAUACUCGUCGACUGUUUCGAUUUGAAUUAAGAUUUCGUAUACCAAACUGAAAUUGGGUACCUUUUAUGUAUGAGCUCCCAACUCAACUAUAAUAUUUCGAAACGGUUUAGUUAACUAUAAUGAAAUGGACCAAUCACAGCUCGCCGCGGUCAAGAGGGCGAAACAAAACGACAGCUCAAAUUAAUUAUUUAUUUUAGGUUGUACAGUAGAAACAAUUGCUUCAUAAGUCAUAAACGCACAUGUGACACCCUUAAUAUAGCAACAUCCAUAGACUACGAAAACCGCUUACCAUUGCUCGUUAGUCUCCAUAGGCUACGGUGGCCAAAAUCGAGAAAAAACUGUCUAAAAAUUGAAUUUAGCAAGGAGCAAGUACCAGGGCCUCAUGAGUUACGAGAAGGUGUCGUUCGUUCUUUUACUCUCACUAAGACGUAAUUAGAGUGACAGGGAAAAAUGCCCUCAAUUGACGAACUUCGGUUUUCGAAGUUAUAGACUUGGCCUGGCCGGAGCUUCAGGCGUUUCGUUUUCUAUGGAUGGCACCACGUGAUCACCGAUCAGCCGUCAUAGAAAUUGACGUGUCGGACGCCUAGCUCGCGCCCGGGCCGGUCUAGCAUGAGUCAUUGGGUUCCUAGUCUGAUUUCUUCCGAAAUACUGACACAAUAAAGGUAAUUCUGAUCAUUCAUUAAAGCGAAGUAAAAAAAGCGGCCAAGUGCGAGUCAGACUCACCCAUGAAGGGUUCCGUACCAUUUAUGACGUAUUAAAAAAACUACUCACUAGAUCUCCUUCAAACCAAUUUUUGGUGAAAGUUUGCAUGGUAAUGUAUAUCUUUAUUUUUUUUUUAAUUUUUCAUUCUAUUAUUUUAGAAGUUACAGGGACACACACAUUUUACCACUUUGGAAGUGUCUCUCGCGCAAACCAUUCAGUUUGGAAAAAAAUGACAUUAGAAACCUCAAUAUCAUUGUUGAAGACCUAUCCAUAGAUACCAGUCCCAUAUGGGUUUGUUGAAAAAAAAGUUUUGAGUUUCAGUUCUAAGUAUGGGGAACCCCCAAAAUUUAUUCUUUUUUUUUUCUAUUUUUGUGUGAAAAUCUUAAUGCGGUUCACAGAAUACAUCUACUUACCAAGUUUCAACAGUAUAGUUCUUAUAGUUUCGGAAAAAAGUGGUUGUGACAUACAGACGGACAGACAGACAGACAUGCCGAAUCCAUAAGGGUUCCGUUUUUUGCCAUUUGUUUACGGAACCCUAAAAAUGAUCUUGAUAACUAAACUUCCGUGAGACACAGACAUAUUAAAUAUGUUAAAACGAGUCACUCACGUAUUUUAAGAUUUUUAAGUCGUUUUCGUAUUUUAAAGGCUGGACAUAUUUCACUCCGUUUCGAGGAGUGUCGUCAAAAGCUCGCGUUGGCGGACCAGCGUGCGGCGGCUUGUCUGUGCCGGUCCCAGGCCGGUCCGUCAACGGAAGCUCUCUCCUUGGAACGGAGUGAAACAUGUCGAGCGUUUUCGACUUAAAAUAUGUGAGUGACCCGUUUUAACAUAUGUAUUUAAUAAAACUAUCUGGAGUUGAAACUUUGUUUAGUAUCGAUUGCCUCAAAUCUCUCUCAUGCAGAAUUAAUAUAGAAUUCUAUGUUACAUUGAAACAUGAAAUUGUGCAAUAAUUGUAAUGAAACUCACAACUGUACACAUGUUAUUUAUUGCAAAAUUUCAAUUUCAAUUUCGAACAAAUUUCCCAACUUUCAAUUUAGGUACCUAUGAUAAAAUUAAUAGGUAUUUUAAUUUUGCAAUAUUAUUUAUGAAGCAAGUAAUAAAACUUCGCACGUAGGGAAUUAUUUUACUUUAAACUUUCGCAACGAUAACAAAAAUGUCCAAUCUAAUUGUGCAACAUUCACUACAAUAACAAUAAAAUUCAACUAUUAUAUUUUAUUACAAAACAGCAAUCAUAUUUUCAAUUUAAACUUUCGGAUAAAUAUUAAAAUGUUUAAAAAUAACGAUCGAUCCAAUCGUGCAAUAUUCAGUUCGAAAACAGUAAAUAAACAUUUAAAUUUUAAUUGUACAAAUAGCCAAAACCACUAUUCCUCAUAAGUAUAAUUCAAAACAGCAAUUCAAUUUCUAUAUUUAUCACUAGAGCAAGGCAAAAUAACAAACAAACAAUUAACAAACAUAUUUCAUUACGAAACUAUAGUCUUAAAAAGAAAAUGCUGAGAGGAAUUAUUUUAGCCAGUUUAAUAUUGCUAUGUAGAGGAUAUAUUAAUCAUCGAUUGCAAAAUAUGUUUAAUGAAUUGCGACAAAGCAAGUUCCUGCCUGAAGCCAAGAGCGCCAGCAGCGGCGGCGGCGCACCGCGCUACGCCGGCCCGCAGCCGCGGCCGUACGCGCGGCCCGGCCGCUGGCUGCCGGCCGCACCGAACUUCGAUAUCGCCGCCGGUGUCGAAAGUGGCAGCGGCGAGCAGCACCCGCAGCCUUACCCGCAUCCGCACCCGCAGCCUUUCCGGCACCCGUACCUUCACCCACAACCGCGCCGGCACCCGUACCUGCACCCGCACCCACAGCCGCGCCGGCAUCCGUACCUGCACCCGCACCCACAGCCGCGCCGGCACCCGUACCUGCACCCGCACCCACAGCCGCGACGGCAGGCGGAGGACGAUGAAACGUCGGAAGAGUCGAAUUUCAACAACACUUAUUUCUGCCCGAUGCCAGGCAUGGCGCAAGAAGGGGCCACUCUGGCCCAGGAGAGCGAAUACCCGUGGAUCGCGCGGGUGGUACAUACGCCUCCCUCUAGUACGGUCAUGGCGCCUCUGAUCUGUACAGCGGCUGUGAUCUCGUCCAGAAUUUUAAUUACUGCCGCCAAAUGUAUUGCUACAGCUAAAGCAAACUACACAACUGUACUCAUAAGAACAAUUAAAUUAGCUGUGAAGACGUUUGUAUUUCCAGCGGAACCGUCGAAACAAAUGUUCGAUGACGUUGGGUUUAUCAUCACCUGGCACAAUGGAAGUGCUAUAAAUGUAAACGACUUCAAAAAUAUCACACUCACUUCAAGAAUACGAGUCAAUGACAAUUCUUUUAACUUUUUUGAAGAAUGGGCUAUAAAGAACUCCACUAUCGUCGGAUUCAUUGCAUCGGAAGAGUCGCCGGGGACUCAUAAGCUAUACAAGCUGGAAAAUAUGCACGCGAGCAACAGAGUCUGCAACGAGAUCUACCCAACGGUGAGGAACUCGAACGAUUACUGGGCGCCCUGCGUCCAUUCCUGUGGCCCCGAAGAACACAACAUGAACAGCGAGACUUGCCGCCGCUACCUGCUCGGUCUGGGGCACAUGGUUGUCGACGAACAGACCAACGAACUGAUCGGUAUAGUCACAUGGACGUGCGCCAACAGUGAUCGAGACAGACUUAGUAGACAAGGUCUGCCAAUGCCUCUUGGGUUAGCGGUCCCUAACAAGAAGACAUCAGAUAAAGAUCGAAAUUGUUCUAUUAAUGUAAGGGACGAUAGCACGAAACGUAGUAAUCUUACGUUUGGGUAUUAUAGGACAUUGUGUGUUAAUUUGUAUUAAUAUUAAUUGUUAUACCUAUGUAAAAUAAUUGUUCAUUAUUUAUAGUAAAAUGUACAUUUAUGGUAGAAGUAAUAAAGGCCUUUAUAUUUGUUUA